UCGGCUCUAAAUAAACAAGAAAUUGUUUUUCCAGUUUAUCCAUUUGAUUACUCAGAGUCCCAAAAAAAAUCAAAAGACCUAAUGUGAAAUUUCAAAAGACUUUUUUGGCAAUUGAGGGUUAGAACUGAACCCUAAGUCAACUAUCUAGUAAAUUUAAUUUAUUCGCUGUACCUCAACUCCCAUGCGAUGAUCGAUGUAUAUUUGUUGAGGGACUUGAGUUCAGCGUCCAUGUUGCGAAACCACCGUCUCACAUCUUCAUUCUGAAUAUCAUUGAAAUUCUGAGAGGAAUUUGCACUCACAACACUCUUCACAGCACAGGCAAGGAGGUUGAGACCCAGGAGGAACAACAUGCCUGAGGUUGAGGCACUGCCAAUGUCUCAAAUCACUGAAAUCACAUCCGAUCCAUCCGGCGGUAUUUAUACUGUUUUGUGGGAAAAUAGACGCUUGCGCACGGAAAAAUCCUGUUUCUUUGGAUGAUUGUUGCUGGGAAGGUGGAGUAGGAUGACUGGAAGACUUCCACCUAAAGAGAUUACAAAGUAAAUUGGAAGAUGAGUCGAUUGUAACCACGAAAUACGGCACCCCAAUUGGUGUUAAGACCGCAGUACAAACAGUUGGUCCCUAUGGUGAAGUUCUGCUGCAGGAUAAUCAAUUCCUGGACGAGAUCACUGCCUUCGAUCGUGAACGUAUCCCAGAACGUGUAGUACAUGCGAAAGCAGCAGGUGCCUUUGGUUACUUCGAGGUGACGCAUUCCGAAAUCCAGAAGUACUGUGCUGCCAAACUGUUUGAUAGCGUGGGAAAGAAGACGCCCAUUGCCGUGCGCCUCUCAACAGUGGGCCAAGAAAGAGGAUCUGCUGAUACUGUACGAGAUCCUCGUGGAUUCCCCAUCAAGUUCUACACUGAAGAUGGAAUUUGGGAUUUGGUUGGCAAUAAUACGCCAAUUUUCUUCAUUCGCGAUCCAAUUCUUUUCCCCAGUUUUAUUCAUUCGCAAAAGAGAAAUCCACAGACGAAUCUAAGAGAUCCAGAUAUGUUCUGGGACUUUAUUUCGUUGAGACCUGAAACUACUCAUCAGACGUGUUUCCUAUUCUCGGACAGAGGAAUUCCCGAUGGUUAUCGUCACAUGAAUGGUUACGGAUCAAAUACAUUUAAGACCAUUAAUGCCAAGGGUGAAGAGUUUUGGGUGAAAUUCCACUACAAAACUGAUCAGGGAAUUAGGAAUUUGCCUCCAGAUCGAGCUCUUGAGCUUGCAGCAAAGGAUCCCGAUUAUUCUACCAGGGAUCUGUACAAUGCUAUUGCCAAGGGUAAUUUCCCCAGCUGGACAUUUUAUAUUCAAGCAAUGACCAUGGAACAGGGUGAAAAGUUUAAACACAGUCCAUUUGAUGUGACGAAAAUUUGGCCACAGUCUGAGUAUCCGUUGAUCAAGGUGGGAAAAAUUGUGCUGGAUCGCAAUCCCAAGAACUAUUUUGUUGAUGUUGAACAAAUUGCCUUCAAUCCAGCACAUUUUGUGCCAGGAAUUGAAGCAUCACCUGAUAAGAUUCUCCAGGGAAGACUGUUCUCAUAUGGUGACACCCAACGCUAUCGCGUUGGUCCCAAUCACCUUCAGCUACCGAUAAAUUGUCCUUAUCGCGGCAAUCCCAAGCACUAUCAGCGCGAUGGACCUAUGAAUUUUACAGAUAAUUGCAAUGGUGCUCCUAACUACUAUCCCAAUUCCUUCGGUGGACCUGAGCCCUACCCACGUGUCCUUAAGCUCCAACCUCCCUACAAAGUCAGCGGGGAUGUGGCUCGUUUCGAUACCGGAGAGAGCGAAGACAACUUCUCUCAGGUCACGGACUUCUACCGUCGCGUUCUGAGUCCUGACCAUCGCGUUCGUCUAGCUGAGAACAUCGCUAACCACUUGAAGGAUGCCAGUGCGUUCAUUCAGGAGCGCGCUAUCAAAAAUUUUGAAAAAGUUGAUCUAUCCUUUGGCGAGAAAAUUAGUGAACUAAUCAAGAUGCAUGAACGCAAAAAGUGGGCCAACCUCUACCAGUAAAGAACAAAUUUAUUAAGAGAGCAGUACCAGCAUCAUCUAAGUGGGUUUCAGUGAUCUUUGUUUUACAUAUCCUUCCAAGGAUACUGUAAAAUUUCUAUUUACCGUAAAAAUUACACUAUUGUAAUUUUUAUGGAAUUUACAUGAGUUACUUAGCCAAUAAAAAAUCCCAGCAAAAAUAUAAAUCGAAUAAGAUGAAAGCAUCAAAUAGAGUAAAUUUUUUAUCACAUUUAUCUUUUAUCAGAUUUAAUGGUGUUAUUCCAAUGAAAAAUGAAAGGAGGAAAUCUCUCUCCUGAAAUUUUUUUUUAGUACAUGACUGUUCUCAAGUGUUUCUGCGUUAUCGAUUUUUCUUUGUGUUGGUUCUUGUCACGGCUGUUUUUCUGAUUUUAGAACACGACAAUGAGUAGGGAUAACAGUCAUAAAAGAAACCAACACAAAAUGACAAGUCGGUAAUGCAGAAGCAUUUGAUUGUGCUAAAAAAAAAACAUCUUCAUUUUUCAUUGGAAUAGCACCAUAAUUCAUAAUUGCAGUACUUCUUAGGGAUUUGAUAUAAUUGAAUUGAUGAAACACAAUUCGAAGAAUAAAAUUGUGAUUAUUUCACUUAAAAUAAAAUUAUUCAAAUUGUAAAAAAAAA